UUUCGAUCACGUGACGAGAGCUUACGAAGAUGGUGGAAGUUUCUUCUUCCUCUGAGCGAGACACCCCAACAGAAACCUAAACAUCCCGUCGGACCAGGGCUGGGAGGACGUUCCAGUGCCGCCAGACACAUUCUACAAACCUCCCGCUGGAUCUCGGCCUUCUUGCCAGCCCUAUGUCAUGGCCAGUGGAGUCACCAAUUCCAGCACCUCCAACGGAUACCCCCUGAAGGCACAGCUACAGAUUAAUGUGCUGUCAGCAAAACUGAGAGAAAACAAGAAGAACUGGUUUGGCCCCAGUCCUUAUGUGGAAGUGACAGUCGACGGCCAAUGCAAGAAAACAGAGAAAUGCACCAACACCCACAGCCCCAAAUGGAAACAGCCACUCACUGUGAUCGUAACUCCAUUCAGCAAACUAGUGUUUCGUGUAUGGAGCCACCAGACCUUGAAGUCAGAUGUGUUACUAGGCAUGGCCAUGCUGGACAUCAGUGAAACUCUCAAGUCCAACGAUAUGAAAAUUUCAGAGGUUGUGCAGACACUACAACUGUACACUGACAGAGAGCUGUCAGACGUGGUGGGAGACCUGUCUGUCUGUCUGGACGGUAUGACGGUGGACGCCGAAAUGUUCGCCUCAGCAGAAGCCGACCAUCACAGUACAUCUAAUGGAGAGUCAUCCCAGCAUAAUGGAGAUCUUGCAAUAAGGCCAAGUCGAGACAGCUCUCCAGCUGUGGACGGUGUUGAGCACAGAUCCUCUCCCAGCGCCCAGAGAUCGGUGAACAGCAAAGGGUCUCCAUCAGUGGGAGGAAAGCCCAUCCGACCACCGAGACCCUCCAGGCCUCCUCCCCCAACUCCCCGCAGACCAACUUCUUCACCAGCAUCUUCUAGCAAUGGCUCCACUCCCACCGAGGUUAUCGAGGCCCAGUCGGCCUCUGAUACUCCAGUGCGGACCUCAGGAACCUCGUCUGCUCCGGACUCGAGUCCAUCGCCGUCAGGGGCUACAGCGAUCAGCAGCACCGCAUCUGCUGUCCCUCCCAGAGCACCACCUGUCAACCCUGGAUCAUUACCCCCUGGAUGGGAGCAGAGGGUGGAUCAGAAUGGCAGGUUGUAUUUUGUGGAUCACGUUGAAAAGAGAACAACAUGGGAACGUCCUGAACCACUCCCCCCAGGAUGGGAGCGUCGUGUUGACCAGAUGGGGCGUGUCUACUUUGUUGAUCAUAUCACACGAACCACCACAUGGCAGCGUCCCACAAUGGAGACCGUGCGUAACUAUGAACAGUGGCAGCACCAGCAAAGCCAGCUGCAGGGCGCCAUGCAGCAGUUCAACCAGAGGUUUAUAUAUGGGGUUCAAGACCAGGCACCAGCUGCUCAGAAUAAGGAGUUUGAUCCUCUCGGCCCUCUGCCUCAUGGAUGGGAAAAGAGGACGGACUCCACUGGAAGAGUUUAUUUUCUACAUCACCCAACACGCUCAACGCAGUGGGAGGACCCUCGAACACAGGGAUUACUGAAUGAGAAGCCCCUUCCAGAAGGCUGGGAGAUGAGGUUCACGGUGGACGGUAUUCCUUAUUUUGUUGACCACAACAGGAGAACUACCACCUACAUCGACCCUCGCACAGGAAAAUCCUCACUUGAAAAUGGACCACAGAUCACUUAUGUUCGAGACUUCAAAGCCAAAGUUCAGUACUUCAGAUUUUGGUGCCAGCAACUGGCAUUGCCUCAACACGUUAAGAUCACAGUAACAAGGAAAACCCUCUUUGAGGACUCUUUCCAGCAGAUCAUGAGUAUCAAUCCUCAGGAUCUAAGAAGGCGGCUGUGGAUACUCUUUCCAGGAGAGGAAGGCCUUGACUACGGAGGUGUUUCCAGGGAGUGGUUCUUCUUGUUGUCCCAUGAGGUCUUGAACCCCAUGUACUGCCUGUUUGAAUAUGCUGGUAAAGAUAACUACCGUCUUCAAAUCAACCCUGCUUCCUACAUCAACCCUGACCACCUCAAGUAUUUCAGGUUCAUUGGACGAUUCAUUGCAAUGGCUCUUUUCCAUGGCAAGUUCAUCGACACUGGUUUCUCACUGCCAUUUUACAAACGCAUGCUCAAUAAACCUUUGACGGUCAACGAUCUGGAGUCAAUAGAUCCUGAGUUCUACAACUCCCUCAUGUGGAUCAAGGAUAACAACAUUGAGGAGUGUGGUUUGGAGAUGUUCUUCUCAGUUGAUAAGGAAAUCCUUGGGGAGAUCUCAACCAAUGAUCUUAAACCAGGGGGAGGAGACAUCCAAGUCACAGAGGAAAACAAGGAGGAGUACAUCAAGCUGAUAGCAGAGUGGCGGCUGUCCAGAGGAGUGGAAGAACAGACGCAGGCAUUCUUUGAAGGCUUUAAUGAGGUCCUCCCUCAGCAGUAUCUCCAGUAUUUUGAUGCUAAAGAGCUAGAGGUGAUGCUGUGUGGAAUGCAGGAAAUUGAUCUUGGGGACUGGCAGAGAAACACCAUCUACAGACACUACACUCGGACCAGUAAACAGAUCGUCUGGUUCUGGCAGUUGGCAAAGGAGAUGGACAACGAAAAGCGAAUGAGGCUGCUGCAGUUUGUCACCGGCACUUGUCGCCUCCCUGUAGGAGGCUUUGAUCACCUAAUGGGAAGCAACGGUCCUCAGAAAUUCUGCAUUGAGAAGGUGGGAAAGGAGAACUGGCUUCCUAGGAGUCACACAUGCUUUAACAGGUUGGACCUGCCGCCCUAUAAGAGCUACGAACAACUGAAAGAGAAGUUGAUGUUCGCCAUCGAAGAGACAGAAGGGUUUGGACAGGAGUGAAAGGAAGAGGCGUUUUAGUGCAAGUGGAAAACCCACCAGUGUUUAAAUCAGGGAGCUUCUGCAUAAAAAGCAGGUGUUUGGGAGAGUUUAUGCUCAUGUGUGCAUGCUCCGGUUAGGUAGCUUUUAUGGGAGCAUUGUUGAGGUCGCUGCCAGCAUGCACAGUAGUUUGGAUAGGGGAAUCUUCUUUGCUUCCAGAGCCCACAGCACAGGCCCCUCUGCGCCUCAUGACUGGGAGCAGAAUUUUGUAUACUUUAAAGACCAAAAUCUGAAGGCUUCAACGAUCUCUGAGAACAUGAGCCAAAUCCUGCAAAACUCACUUUUUUUUGAUGAUGUCUAUUCUACAGAUUAACCGGUUUUCACCUCCCCAAACACGCGGCCAUCAUAUCGGCGACUUACGACCACAAUGAAUAAUCUAAGAUUUAGAAGGUGUCUUUAUGUUUUUAACACAGCUAAGUUGCCCCCAAAAAGCAAAAUCUGUUGGGUUUGAACAUGAGUGGCUUUAAUGUUUCUGAACUAAUAACUGAAAUGAAUCUUCCUCUGUAAAUUAUCAUUAACACGACUUUUAGAAGCUCAGUGCUCUGAAUUAAUGCUUUAGUAACAGACAAUCUUGGUGCUUCAGAGAUUUGGGAUUCCUGCUUGUUUUGUGCUCUGGAUUAUAUCGUGUUUGAGUCUGUGAAUCGAUUAGUGAUUGUGAACAGUGUUGUAACCUCCAUUAUAUUUAGUGGUGGUGGCAAAUGUUAAAACCCAUUUAACUGGCCCUAGUUUUAUAGGGCCUGAGGCUGCACACUGUGAUGUGAAACGGGACAAUAUGGAUUAGAGUAUUCUGGAAGAAUCUUAAUGAUCUUAACAGCUUUAAUCAUAUUUGUUUUUGUCUUUUAAUGUACAGAAAUAGUCUUAAUUGAAAGAAACGAUUAAAUUAAAAUCCCAAGAAGACCAGAAAAUAUUAAACCAAAUAAAUUAUAUCGCUUGACACAUUUUCAAUGCACUCUUAACCAACUUGGUUGUCUCUUUUAAAGAAAUGUAGCAUUUGAAAUAUAACUGUUUUCUUACCUUUUUUGACGUAUCCAUCCUUCACAACAGACCUCAAAGGAGGAGGAAAAAGAAAUAGUGUUUUUCAUGAAUAAGCAAUACCCAACAAAAAGAUGGUCCAUUAUUUAAAUCCUGCCUCAGUCUUUACACCAUGCAUUUUCUUUAAAUGGUUCAUUUCUAUCACAACAAAACCUCCUCCGUCAUUUAUAGUUUGUUGGGUUGCCUGAAAUUGUGAGUGAAAAAAAUCUAUUUGUAGCUGUGCUCAACAUACCUCCACAUUAAUGAGCACCCCUGGUAAAGAUAUAAAAAGCUGCUUUAAAAUAAAUACUUAUUUUACAAAUUAGAACAUUUAGUGGAAGUCUAACAUUUUAGGAGAAAAAUCUAAUGUUUUGAACUCUAUUAUAUUAUCUUUAUUGGCACCCCUGAUGUCAAUAUUUUGCACAACUGCCUUUUGCCCAAUUGCACAGCAAAGAGGAAACAGGCCCCCAGUAUUACAGAUACCCCGCCGUACUGAAAAGCAGACAUUUGGGGCUUUUUCCAUAUUUGGUUAAAAGAAGUAGGUGUCUGUAUCACAUGAUAAUUAUACUCCAAGAAACAGAAAGAAUGUAUUAUAAAAACAUUCUGAUAAAGUAUAAACUUACAAAUAAUUGUAUUCCAGCUAUUUACAGAUUUUUAAGGAUGCAAUUGUAAUUUUCUACUUUUAAUCUGAAUCAGCGUAAAUAAGUGAAAGAUGGAUUUAUUUUUACCAGGGGUGCCAAUAAAUGUGGAGGGUGCUGUAGGACUCCAGAUAAAGAAUAUCAUAGCUCUUGUUAAUUGUUUAUCUCCAAAACUCAGACAUCCAAAACGGAAACUCUCCUGAAUAAGAGUAAAACUGAGCAAGUUAAUAUAUAAAAGAGAAAAAAACCCCAUAAAACCUCAUGAAGACUGUCCUGUUUGAACCAUGUAGUCACACACUGAAACAGCAGAGGAAACUAACUGGUGAACCUUGUACUCAGGAUGACGCUCUGUUUGUAGCCUUCUUUCCCCCUCAGACUCCCAGCCAGCAGAGAUGGCUGACCAUGUGGUAAAAUAAAUACUCUGGCUCCGAUCAGACAGCUUUAAUCCUCCAUGUCCUUGAGAAACUGCAGUAGAAAAGCUAUGAAGCUUGAUCAAUAGUUGAGCCAAGGCAGCAACCACUGUAUGAAAAUAAUGAGUGAAUCAGGAUGAAAGGUGGCGUCUCUUAUAACCAUUCAAUAAUAAAAACCCUGGAACGUUGUGAAUGAUCAGAUAUGGAAAUCUCAAUGACAAAGCUCAUUUUUGUUUAAUAUUUUCCAGAAUCCUGCUUAUCCAACUGAACCACUGUCUCCUGUACAGGGCGAGAAGCUGUAAAUGGUGUUCAUAAAAUUUCUUUUGUAAAAGAUUUUAAAUAAGAUGUUUAAGGCAAUGCUCUAUUUUUUCUCUCUUUAACUGCUUAUGUACAUGAAAGAUGUGUAACAUAGAAAUUGUCACAUUAAUAAAUGAACUCAAACCUU